AUGUUCGGAAACACUGAAAACAAUGACAUACAAGUUUUGAAUAGGUUCACAACUUGUGAUAUCGCAGACGGAUUAUUGAACACACAAUGUAAACUGAAAGAUGGAGGGUUUUUUCCAAACUUGCAGCAAUGGUCUAAAAGUAAAAAAUAUAAUACAAAAAGUGUUGCCGGAAAAGCAUAUACAGUUUUAUUUGCAACUAAAGAUGACCCACGACCUUCUAUAAAUUAUAUUGAUACAGUCCCUGAUGAUUCUAUCUUAAUUAUCGGAAUGAUACUUGAUUUGCAAACAAUUCAUUCCCCAUACACAACAUAUACUCAGGCCAUGUACGGAGGAUUAAUGUCUACUAGGGCACAAUAUUUAGGAGCGAACGGUACAGUUGUUUUUGGUAGAAUCAGAGAUGUUGAAGAACAUCGGGAGCUAGGCCAUCCCGUCUGGAGUUAUGCAUUGGGUUCUUGCGCACCUAAAGAGGUUUUGAAGCCCGUUGCUGUUGAAGUUGAUCUGGAAAUUUUGAAAUCUGAUAAUUCUAUUGGAAUAAUUAAAAAUGGUGACUAUGUUAUUUGUGACGAGCAUGGUAUGGCCUCUAUCCCGUCAAGUUACGACUUGAACCAUCUGAUUAGGUAUAUUGAUAAGUCUAUUGAGGCAGACAACUUAGUUUCGCAAGAUAUUAAAGAGGGAAAACCUGCUAAGCAAGCGCAAAAGGAACGCAGAGCUGUUCUAGAAAAAUACCGUUAA